AUGAAUUACACCCCCUGACUAUUGACGUCACAAAAUGGCCACUGCCUGUAGAAUGCCUUUGUGAACUUAUUCAUUGGCUGCAAGUUCUACUAAUUUAGAUCUAUCUUAGAUCUUUUGAAUUAUUCGCUUCGAAAGUUUGAAUCAAUUAUAUUUUCGCCUAGUGAAGCACCAAGCACCUUAGCAGAUCCCAAAGAAGUUAACAAAAUGUCCUCACCAGCUUCAGAUGUGAUUGUUGACCAGCCAACUGUGACAGCAUCACCUCCUGUUGAGGGGGAUGCCACACCCUCCAUUGAAAUAUCUAGUGCUGCAGAGCCUGACAGUAUUACAAAUGAACCAAAUCCUGUAACAAACAACCUAACAGAUGAGAUUGACACUGAUGGUGAGGAUGGAGAUAUCUCUCCUAUGGCCACUGUGGUGCCUAGCAAUACCCCAGUUACAGGAGACUCUGGUCAAGGCUCACCCAACAUGCAGAGCAGCACAGACAGCCUAAGUGAUGAUGCUACUUUAAAAUCAGAGAAACUCUGCUCUAAGACACUUGAAGAACUGUCAGAAACUCCUCUGCCACAGGAAGAGGUCACUUCAAAUGGUGGAGCUGAUCCCAGUGACUCCGCUGACACUGUCUCCAAAUUAGAAGCAGCCUUGAGCCAAGGGGAUGAUGCACCAGACAAUAAGGUCAAAGCGACCAAAGCUGGAAGGAAAGAAGAAAAAAAAGAAGAGAAAAAGAAAAGCAAGAAAAAGGAAGACAAGAGUAUUGACUACAUUCUGAGAGCACUGAACAGUCUCCAAAGCCCUGAAGAAAAACUAGCAGCUUUGUGCAAGAAGUACGCAGACCUCCACGAGGAGCACAGAGUGCUGCAGACAUCCUUCAAAACUCAACAGAGAACUAUAGCAGUGGUCAUGAGAGAAAAAGAUCAACUCCAGUCUGAGCACACCAAAGCCAUGAUGGCCAAAAGCAAGCUUGAAUCUCUUUGUCGAGAACUUCAGAAGCAUAACAAGAUAAUCAAGGAUGAAAGUAUAAAAAGAGCAAAGGAGGACGAUGAAAAGAGAAAAGAAAUUUCAUCUCAGUUUAAUCACACAAUUGGUGAAAUACAAACACAGAUGGCAGACAACAGUGAGAGGAAUGCCAAACUCAGGCAGGAAAAUGAAAAUCUAGCGGCUCAGCUGAGGUCAUUUAUCAAGCAGUGCGAAGUUCGAGACUUGCAAGUAACCAAACUUCAAGAACAGCAUGAGUUAGAGAGGCAACUGGCUAAUGCUAAGGUGAACCAGGCGCAGGCUAUUGUCAAGGAACAUGAGGAGAAAGGAAUUAAAGAAAGAGAACUGCUGCUGUUAAAACUUGCUGAAUCAGGCAAGAAAAAUCAGAUAUUAGAAACUCAGGUGGCCAUGUUCAAAGAGCGCUAUGAUGACUUUGAGAGACUUCAUGCUAAGAGCUCUGAGACCUUUCAGAAGUACAAGACUGAGAUGGAUAAGAUGACAAAAAGAAUUAAGAAGCUGGAGAAAGAUGGCUUGCAGUGGAAAGCCAAAUGGGAAGGCACAAAUAAAGCAUUGAUAGAACAGAUUGAAGCACGUAGCAAAUCCGAGAAGGAUUGCCUUAUGUAUAUACAAAAGUCUAAGAAGUUAGAAUCUCUGUGCCGAGCCCUUCAGGCAGAACUUCAUGGCAAGAAAGUCGUGGAAACUGAUACAAAAACAGAAUCUCAGGACAAUGGAACAAUGUCAGCAACACCUAGCAGCUCUCCUGAACCCGCUAAUCCUAAACCUAUUGAGUCUCCUUGUAACACAGAGCUGUCUGAAGCACCAAGCAGUUCUCCUUGUAAGCCAGAGACUUCUGAAACAACGACAUCAUCAACUGACCCCUCCCCAACAUCUUCCCCCCCACCGCUGGAACCCGCCUCGUCUGAUCAAUGCCAGCCAGAGACAGCAAGCGAUGCCAUCUCAACCACGGCUGAGAACAGUCCUCCAGCUAUUGCCUCCACUAACAGUUGUGAGACAGCACCUGAAUGUGCUGGAAGCGGAGAGCCUGCUUCUUGCAAGCAAGUUACUGAUACCAAAACUGAUGGGUCAUUAGAAAAUGAUCAAGCGGAUAGUGUUGCGUGAUAAGGAUGAAUAACCCAAUUCUGUUUUUAACCUUUUUUUUUUUUUUUGCUUCCAUUUGUAUAUUUGUGUUGUAUGCUUGCACAAUCUUUUAGUCUCUUUUAGUACCUAACAGAUUUUAUGAUAUAAUCAUAAAUAUUUAUGAUAAAGUUUUUAUUCAAAUAAAAACUCAGCAUCUAUACGAUUCUAGUUUUUUAACAAAUGGUAAAAAAUUGUGAUAAUGACAUAUCUCAUGAGGAAUAUUUUAUAUCUCUGAAACGUUUUGUAUACUUCAAGUUUAUUUCUUAAUUCAUAAUGAUUUAAUAUAUUAGUAAUUAAUAUUUUAAAUUAUUCUUUUUAAACAUAUUACAAAUAAAUAUUUUGUUUUAAUGAGUGAUUGAAAAACUAUGGGUUUCAAAAAUCCACAAACUGUUGCAGCAUCAAGAGAAACUCUGAUGGUAUCGCAAUCUACCCUCUAGCUUUGCUUGAAGUAACCCAGGUUUGUGAAGCGUAACUAAUAUACUUAUCCCCCCAUGUCUUUGUUUUGGAGUUGUCUCAUUGUGUGUGUGUGUGUCAGCCAUUACUUUUAUAUUUAUCAAGCGUAGAAUUACAUUGACAAUGACAUUAAAAUCUAUUUGCCUUAAAUGAAAAA